UCACCAAAAUUGUUUGAGACCCCCAACAUGAAGGUGUUUUUUGUCCUAGCCGCUUUACUGGCAGCAGUGAGCGCCCUGCCCAUUGAGGAGCGCGUGAACGGCGAGAACGGCUGGUUCAUCCCCAAGCUUGAUGGAAGCUUCGAGUGGAUGGAAAAGCAGGAUGCCGAGGACCUGCUGGCCAACGGAGCCCAGAUGGAGGGCCGCAUCAGCACCAACGCCGUCGACUUCUACCUGUACACCAAGUCGAACCCCAUCGACGGCAAGAAGAUCACGGCCAAGGCCAGCUCCGUGGAUGAUUCCCACUUCAACAGGGACCACGGCACCCGCGUCAUAAUCCACGGCUGGACCCAGAGAUAUUCCGACGACAUGAACACCCGCAUCACCAGGGCCUGGUUGUCCAAGGGCGACUACAACGUGAUCGUCGUGGACUGGGCCCGUGCCCGUUCCGUGGACUACGCCUCCUCCGUCCUGGCCGUUCCCGGAGCCGGAGCCAAGGUGGGUGAGAUGAUCAAGUACCUGCACGAGCACCACGGCCUCUCCUACGACAGCCUGGAGGUGAUUGGCCACAGCCUGGGCGCCCAUGUGGCCGGAUACGCCGGCAAGACCGUCGGAGGCCAGAAGGUGCACACCAUUGUGGGUCUGGACCCCGCCCUGCCCCUCUUCAGCUACGACAAGCCCAACAAGCGUCUGUCCACCGACGAUGCCCACUACGUGGAGUCCAUCCAGACCAACGGCGGCAAGCUGGGAUUCCUGAAGCCCAUCGGCAAGGGAGCCUUCUACCCCAACGGCGGCAAGAGCCAGCCCGGCUGCGGACUGGACGCCACCGGCUCCUGCUCCCACGGACGCUCCGUGCUCUACUACGCCGAGGCCGUCACCGAGGACAACUUCGGCACCAUCAAGUGCGGCGACUAUGAGGACGCCGUCUCCAAGAAGUGCGGCAGCACCUACAGCAGCGUUCGCAUGGGAGCCGUGACCAACGCCUACAUGGUCGAUGGCGACUACUACGUCCCCGUGAACAGCAAGGCUCCUUUCGGCAAGAUCGAAUAGGGUCCUGCAGGCAUAGUCGUUUUCUGAAUAAAAUACUCUAUUGAAAUGGACACUCCAAAA